GCGGUGGUGAAUAUCAACUUAGCUGGAUUCCAGGAUGGUGUACUUAAUGUGCCCCAAAACAAUGAGUUUGGAGAAAUACAAGUAGAUUUAACAGAGGCAGUGACAUCAGUACAGGUUAGCUUAUAAUGUUGAGUAAAAAUUCUUUCACUUGCUGGGAAGAGGAAGGCACCUUUUGCCUGUAUUGUUAACAAUGUUAUUGUUGGAUGAGGCUGAGGAUGAAACCAAGAAUUUCAUAGAUUGAGGAGGGUGUUAUCUGCCUAGGACAAAGGCAGAUAGCACCCUUCAGGACUUUGCCUAAGUAGUGAUAAAAUUUAUCAAGUGUAAACAAGAUUAAUUCAUUGACCCAUGUAUUUGCUACUUAACAACCAGGCCACAGUUGUUUGCAGCUCUUUGGAAACAGGUCCUGGAAUAACAGCUGUAGAGUUUACGAAUGUCUCAGCUCCAGUUGGUACAACACAAGUGGAUGUUUCAUUUAGGUAUGCAAUUUCUGUCCACCCCUAAGUGGACAGAAACCCUACACAUAUAUGAUUUUGUUUCAACAAUACUGGUAUAUUGGGCAGUUUGUGCUAAAUACAGUGACGUGAACACAUACACUCAUACCUUCUAUGUGACAGUUGCUCUUACAUGUACAAGCUGUUUUUUAAAAGUUUGAUUCUUACCACCAUGCUGUGGUAAUAUUAAUAUAAAAAAGUAGUUUACCCUGUGUAAUUUGUAAGUUCAUUAGCCUUACUUGCCAAGCUUUGGUUGACAGUUGGCCAUAAAAUAAUUUUGUUUGAAAUAAAAUGUAAUUCAGGAUUGUACCAUUUAUCUUCGAAUGUCAAAAACUGAUUCAAAAAUACGGUCAACUCUCUCUAAGACAGACAUCUUUGGGACUGGCAUUAAGUCCGUCUUAGAGAGGUGUCCGUCUUAUAGGGAGUCAAAGAAAAGGAGUAAAAAGGCAGGGACCAACUCUUAAGUGUCCGUUUUUACAGAGGUGUUCGUCUUAUAGAGGUGUCCGUCAAGAGAGAGUCGACUGUACUGCACACACUCUAAGACAGACACCUAUGAAACUGGCACUCUGUGUCCAUCUGAGCGAGAUGUCCUUCUCACAAAUUGUCAAUAAAAAAGAGUAUAGAAAAGACAGGGACCAACUCUAGAUGUCCAUUUUAGCAAGGUGUCUACCUCAUAAAGAUUCAACUAAAAGGUCUAAACAAAGUAAAGAUUUAGGCUGGGACCAUCUCCAGGUGUCUGUUUUAGCAAGGGGUAUAUUUAAAAGAGUCAACUAAAUGGAGUAAAGAGAGGCAGAGUGUUCGGUUAAGCAGUUUGUCCAUCUUAUAGAGGUGUGCCUUUUAGAAAGAGUUGGCUGUAAUAGCUACUGAUUCAGGACAAAUUUCUAAAGUUAAGGUGGUGGCUCACUUAUUGCUUAGUACAUUACUGUAUGCACAGGCUGCUUUACAUUAAUUAUUAACCCCCGUCAUCCUCCUCUUCAUGGCUAAAGUGACUUCCCUUGGAUGCCCUAUGCGUUUUUUAAAAGGUAACUUGACAUAAUUUAUUUUGUACUUUUUACACGCAUACAGGAUCAUAUCCCCAGGUAGACCUGUUACAAUCCAGUGUUCAGCCCAGAGUGCAGGAAGCAAUCCACAGUUUACAUUACCAGGAUCUAAAGGAAACAAUGGGUGAUUAAGACACUAAAUAUAGUUUCCCUAAAAUAUGUCCUUAACCCUUUAAACACUGUGAAUAUCAAAAUCAAAAUUCUCAUUUGGUGCCCCUGUACAUUUUUACUGAAGAAGUGGGGAGAAGUUGUUGAAGUAUCAACUUAUUAUUUUUGUUGUGAUCAUGUCCUUAACUCUUGUCACCAUUCCAUUUAAAAAGGGUUGAUUUUACAAGGAGAAAUUUGAUGCUGAUCACUCUUAGAGCUUAUGUGCAUGCAAGGUUGAGAUCACCUUUACCCGCAGCCAUGUUAAAAUCUAUCAGAGAACAUGAUGUGACUUUGAUAUACAUGUACAUGAUGUAAUGAGCCUCACCAUGCCUGCAUUAUAUGUAUAUGUAACUUCUACUCUAUUGUUUUUAACUCAUUGAUUCCAGAAGGCUAUCAAUGAAUUUUUGUAGGUGUUAAGGUCAAAUUGGAUAUUUUCAGGUUAAAAGUUAACCUAGGUUGACUCUCAAUUUCCUUUGUUCACUCUGGCUAGAAGAAAAUGGAAAUUGAGAAUCAAACUACGUGUAGGUUAAAACCAAAGAUAUUAUUCAGGUUAAAGAUAUAACCUGAAAUCAAAUUUGAUGUGUAAGAUAAGCACUUCGAUAUGCAAUUGUGUGACUCAGUCACAACAUAGACGCAUACACUGUAUUUUAGUCAUAAUUAGUCAGCUCCAAAAAGAGACGGUCCGAUUGGAAAAGUCUGUAGCAGAUCCAUUGAAUGCUCACCGAAACUUUUCAUCACAUUUUUAUGUUGUGACUGGAGACAAUAUCAUGAGACAAAAUGGAAUUUGUGUGUUCUCUGUGACUGUAAUGUGGUAUUUGAAUGGUCAUGUCAUGAAGUGGACCCAAAUAACUUUUGCCCAUGGAUACACUAAGACUGUUUUGCUUUAGUUUAAGCAUUAAAGUUCACAGUCAGUGAGUUGCCCCAAAAUAAAUGCCUGUCUUACUCAGUAACCUUAUAAUGCAAAUGUCAGUCAGGAAUAUUUUAAGUGGAAGUACAUGUUAGAGUCAAGACUUGACCAUCCACCUCUCAUUUAUGUUCCGUCUUACUUAUUUGCUAUCAAUGGAUUUGAUUAUUGGUAAUAAUGCAUUUUUUUUAGCAGCUCACUUCACCCCUGUUACAUGUACAUGUAUCUCAAGAUGCCUGAUGUGAAGUACAUGUACUUGUAAGAGGGCUUUUAUGACAUUUAAAUUACUAUUAAUAUCUGUACAUGAUGAGCUUUUAUAGGUUUAUGAACUCUGCUUACAAUGUUUAUUAUUUUAAAAGUAUGACUUUUCUUUAAGUGUUUAAUUCUUUUCUCAGGUCCUUGCGUGUCAUUAAAGCACCAACAGUUCACAUUUGUCCUGAUGUCAUCUUAGUUCACAAGUAUCUACUUAAGUCAACUGUUCAAGUGCUGUUCAGGUGCUGUUGUUUAUAAAUAUAAGCUACUUGAUUUAUUUUGAUAAAAGUUAAGGUUAAGGGUUUUCUUAUUGGGGAAAUGGCACUUAGCUUUAAUACCAAGCUAUAGCUUACAGGCAGUUCUCUCAAAUACUCAGAAACAAGUAAUUCAGAUAUAACAUAACAGGAUUAAAAAACCUCAACUGGCAGGAGGAAAACCAGUUCGCUAUUACAUGCGUGGCUGAGGAUUUGAACUCGAGAGGAUGGAGAUCAAACCCGCAAGUGACCAGAGUUGAACUCCGAAUCUGGGACCACUGGAUUGUGAAUCCGACUUGCUGACCACUCAGCCACACUGGCUCCAUUUUAAACCAAACACUUAACAUGGCAUUUUAAGAAGGUUUAUCACAAGUUAUUAUUAUUUUCUUUUCAAAAGAAGUAAUUAAUAAUAUUAUGAUUUAGGUAGGAUCACUUCUCAGGUUACAGUCAAGCCAGGUCAAAUGUACAGUGUGCCCCCCAAGAUUCCAUGAAUGGAUUUAUUUUCCAAAGGUUGAAACCAUUGUUAGUUGAAGAUCUUAGAUUCAUCUCUGCAUUCCUACAUGCAUGAUAAGCAAUGAAUUCACAUGCGAGGUAGUCAUGAAAUUUCUACCAGCUCAAUUUCCAUGGAUUUGGUGGAAAUGUCUUCAAAGCAAUUUUGUCCAUUCAAAGAUUAUUCAAUCUCACCGACUACAGAGAAGUUAUUGUAAAAAACAUUCACUGCUCAUCAUGCAUGCAGAAUUUGAAACUGGUUUUGGCAACAACUAAUGGAUUCAUUUUUCAAAUAAUUCAUUAAUGGAAUAUUGGGGAGGGGAGGGGUGGUGGGUAAUUGCGUGACCUGUCUUCACAGUACUGUAAACCAGUACUCAACCUAGCUUGUUCUGGUAUUUUCUUUGUUGUGUUUUCUGGGCCUAAUUACACAAUGAAGGCAAGGGAAAUUCUGCUAUAAUCUUAGAUUGGAAUUUACCUGCAACAUGUAUCAUUCAAUAUUAAAGUCAAUUGUUGUUAUUUGUUGCACAGUGAAAGGAUACAACAGUUUGUGGUCAAAGUGAAAUGUUCUGUAGUUGAACCAGAGCCUGGUUAGUCCAUCAUAUCAUUUAAUAAUAACAAAAUCUUUACCUAGACCCUCUGCAUAAUUAUGUGAACAAUGUAAAAGUAUCAUAAUUACAGAUUAGUUCUCAUUUAGUUCAGGAUGGCAUGUAUAAUAUAUGCAGCAUGUUAUCUGACAUGUUGAUGGUCAUGGAGUUGUGGUUGCUGCAGACCAUUGACCAAUAGCUGACAGAUACUGGGUUAACACCCUGGAUGAUACAUGUAUCUGGACAGAUUUUAAGCAAGGAAAGAAGGUCAAUGUCUCGCUCAAGGGACUAGAUCAUGGUCAGUCCAAUACUGUACACUUUUGUACAGUAACCCUCAUGGGCCCCUGAGUGGGCCAUUUAAGCUGAGACUCUGCCAUUACUUGUCUGUGUAAUUCACAUGCUUGGCCUAAGAUGGACGCUUCUUAGUUUCCCACAUUCCCAGUUGAAUGCUGACUGUCAGGAAAAAAAAUGAACGGAUAGGAGAACUAGCCAAAUUAGCAUUUAUAACUAGUCAGUAGUAGUACGCCAAUAUUAAUAGGACAAAUCAACUUAACAGAACAAAUAUUAGAUCUAAGCUUCUUUCUCAAAGAAAGAGGUACAGUUUCUGCUUUGCUUUACUGACUAAGAUGUAAUGGUACAAUUUAAAUUGUACCAUUAAACUUUUUUUAAAAAAAGGUAUAUUUUGAUCCUUUUUUUAUGAUUCUGUAUGUCUAGGUGGUCCAUCAGUGUUGCAGUUAAGAUUUACAGAAACUAGUGUGACUCCUGAUGUCAUUGAAACCCAGGUACCACUUGUUUUAUGGUGGCUCACAAUGAUUGCUGAAUUUUUUUAGCAAUUCCCUGAUAUGUGGAUAAUACUUCCCCUCUUUUAACCGCAGUAGGAUUCAGUGCUCAGUCGGUAAAGCACUGGACUGCAAAGCGGGAGGUCAUGGGUUCGAUUCCCAGGGCUGCACCACUACCCAGGGUCUUAAAAAAAUUGAGAAAUUAAAUUGCUGCUUUUGCCUAGCAAAUGGUUAGACCUUUGUUUGGCUCAGAUAGCCAUGUAAAAUGGUGGUCCUGUCUCUGGAAGGAGACAUUAUGAUAAUAAUAGUGUGCCCAAUUAGUACUUUUGUGCUAAAUACAUUGACACUCAAUUAUGAAGGUGCAUCUUUUUUUCCAAAUGACGUAACAACAACUGCAUCAAACAAAUGCCCAGUCACUAGUAGACAUGACACCGUCACAUUCUUGGUGCACAAAAUUCCCAUGGCAGUGGUAAACUUAAAAAUGCUGCUAACUCAAAAUCGAAAAUGGGUUUGCUAAGGAUGUCUAUGACAAACUGUUCCUGUUCUGGCAACCUAAAAAAUGUCAACAAACUUUACAUGAUAUUUGUUCACCAAUAAAGGGGUGGAAUCCUGAUGCAAUGAGGCACCCGGAGACUGGGGAAAUGUGUUCCUUGGUGUGUUAUAUCAAGGUCCUCUUCCUUACAUUUUACCGUAGCUGGGGCAAAGAAAAUCAUUGUAUACUGGGAGUUCGUUUUAUUUUCUAGGGCUUCAUUUUAUCAAGGUUCCACCUUGAGGGGGUAAUUUUGAAACAUAUCAUUGAUUUACCAUUAAAGUGAAAGUACUAAAAGAUGCUCAAAAGGGAGAUAUAAAUACUUGAGGAAAUAAGGUCUUUGGUUUUGUAUCCCAGCAAUUAAAUUUUCCUUCUUUCCUGUCUGAUUCAAGUAACCGAUCAACUGGCUUUUCGUUCAACUGUUGUAGGUUUCGUAUGAGAUUGUUGCACUUGGGGCUCCUGUGCAAGUGGUCUGUAGUGCACAGUCGACCAACCUUACUGCAAUCCCAGCACCACUGAACGCUCCAAUUCCAACACCCUCAACUCAUCAGCUAUCAAGCAGUGUGAAUCAGACAUCUGUAUCAGCCACAAGUGUAAAUGCAUCUGCAUCAGUUAUUGGAGGUAGUUCGAAGAGGAGGCGAAGAAGAAGCAUCCUUUCUAGUAACAGGACAGUACUUCAGUAUCAGUUUAGCACUUCAGCAGGUAAUGCAAGUAACUCAAACUGAAUCCUGUCAGGUUGCCACCAGACUAUCUCGCCACCAACUAAAUCGCUAACAAGAGGUCGAUUCACUGCCAACCAACUCGCCACCAAGACUAGUAACUCUAAAUACCAAGGAUUAUACCUUAAAUCCUCUAUUUAAGCCCCUCGGGAGCUUAUUUAUUUCAAGCCCAUUUGAGGGGGCUUAAUAGAGAUGGGGGCUUACUUGAGAGGGGUGGGUUUUUUUUUUUAAAUUUAGAAAUGACAAUGGUAUCAGUUCUCCAUAAAGAACUAGAAUCAAGUACAAGAAGUUUUAGGUCAUACAGCCGAGGAUCAGAAUCAAAUGCGAUCUUCCAGUUGGUGAAUAAAUCAUCCCAGAUCAGUCCAAACGAAGUUUUACAGUCGUGGUUGAUUAAUAUAGGCUAUCAAUUAUUAGUGAAGAAUAAAUGUGGGAGGGAAGGGGGGGGCUUAAUAGAGAGGGGAGGCUUAUUAACUUUCUUCCCCUUAAAAGGGGAAGGCUUAUUUGAGAGGCGGGGGGUGGGGGAGGCGUAAUAGAGGAUUUACGGUAAGACAGUACGGACCGGUUUCCAUUUAAUAACAUGUUUAGUUCUUUCUUAAGUUAAGUUGACCCUAAUUGAAACAUGCGUCGAACUUCCCAUGUUCUUACUGACAUAAUGCAAUACUGACAUGAUAGAUUCAACUUUUAAGAUGUGAGGUGAAAGUAUCAAACAUCGCGGCGGAUGUGCUUAACGAAGGUAUAAAAAUAUUAUAUGGAAACCGAUUAUAUGGAUUUCGCGUUAUAUCAGCUUAAGUCCUUGGUAAGUGGGUCAGUUAUAGGGGGUAUUAGUCUUGGUGGCGAGUUGGUUGAAAGCCAGUCCACUUCUUGUGGCGAUUCCGUCGGUGACGGAAUGGGGGCGAGAUGACCGUAAAUCAUAUCAUAAGUGACCCAGGUGACACCCAGAAGGGUACUUAAGGCAACUUUUGCUGGGUAAUACCACUACUUUGUGGCCUUAUAAUGUUCCAACUCCAUUACACUCUAUGGAGAGCUUGCUCGCAGGUUAUAGCCUUUACUACCUCGUUCCCCUGGUCCCACGGACUCCUGCACCGAGAGAGAGGGAGACAAGGAGAGGACCCUGGGAACGAAGUUGUAGCCAAUAAAAUUGUAGACCCUGUCUAAGUCCGGUUUUUGCAGAUUGUUGAUCUCAGCUUUGUUUUCAAAAUGUGCGACGCCAGCUUUAGACAAAGAAGUAUUUUUUUCCUUUUUUCUACAGGGCCUCCUGUAACGUUCGCUCUGGACGUGUCUCCUCUGCGGAUUAUACCACGAGCUGGCUUUCUCCGGGCACCUAACGGCAGUUUCAGCGGAGUCCUGGCACUAGACCAACCAGCUGACAACACUGUGGACAUCACGUGUUCUCUAGACACGGUGUCGCCUGGGGCCGACUUAAGUAAUACUUCAGGGCUGUGUUCCAAUGCGCCAACAGAUAAAUUGACAUUUGCAAACAGUACUGUGGAGAUAAAACUCGACACUGUUACAAUUGAGUUCCAGGUCAGAUUUACUGUAGAGAUUUGAAAAAUUACAUCUUUGUUGACUAUUAUACUUUGUUAACUUCGAAUUUUAACAGGACGAAGCGCAAUUAGUUUUCGUCUUUUAAACUAUACAAACAAAGUGUAGAUUGCGAGUCAUUUCUUACAAUAAGCCCUACUAGGGAGUUUUUGCAACAAUGAGACAACAGCAGAAACGUCAGUAUAAAAAAUUAGUUCGCGUUUUGUGAAUCUUGGUGAUUCUGAUUUAAAAGUGACAAACCUAGGUGAAUUUUCCGGGAGUUGAAUUCUCGGGACCACUCCCUAGUUAAGAAAGAGAAAAAAAUAUUCUUCGUUUUGUGUUUACAUACGUCCUCUACAAGACCUCUCACAAGGCGGUAUUUUCACGUCUUCGUUGUGCAGUGAGCAAAAUUAUGUGAUGCAUGUGCCAAAUUGUUAUUUGUCCAUUUCAUUUACGGUAUUGCCGCUUUGUCGUGAUUGCUAGAACCAACUAAUUUUGUAAGGGGGCGGUGAAACUGUCGGCAUAGUCUACAUGCAGCUCCACCCUCCCCCUGAAAAAAGAAAAAUGGUGAGAGUUCCCGAUUGUAGUUUUGCUUAUUCGGAUGCACCUUAGGGAGGUGGGGAGAGGGCACGGAGGCUGGGUGCGGCUACUUGUAGGCUUUAUUUCGUAGAAGUGGCAGAACAUGUGGGCAUCGCCGCUUUUAGUGAGUACAGUAUGGGUGAUAAUUCCUUCAGCACCUUGCUAACCGUUUAGGCAAAAAAAUUGGACAAUUUUUUUUUUCUUAUCAACGGAAGAGAACGCUAUUACAUAUCUGUAGUUUAAAGAACUUCCGAAACAAUAUCAGUAACCAGUGGUUCCGAGUGGAGAGCGUUAUCCAGUGAAUGAAUAUAUUUCAAAUCCACUGGAUAACGCUUUGAUCUUGCCAAAUAGAUAGUGUUUCAUCACAGGCAUCCCAAAUUCACGUUACGAGGGUGGAAUGUAAUUUCUGUUGACGCGAACGAGCUGUUUUUACGUUACAAGCGAUCGUUGAGACGUUGUAUGAGAACUAAAAUACUGAGAUCUGCGAAAUACAACAAAGAUAAAUCUUCUUUAUGUAGUUUAUUGAUCAAAAGGUAAAAUACAGCGAUAUUUAUUGUUCGCAGUCCAUAGUAUUUUACGUCUCAAAGAUCGCUUGUAACGCAAAACCAACGCGCUCACGUCAACAGAAGUUGCAUUCCACCCUCGUAACGCGAGUUGAGGAUGCCUGUGGUUUUAUUCAUUUUAAAUACAGUAGAACCUCGAUAACUCGAACUCGGAUAACUCGAAUUCCCCGCUAACUCGAACUGAUAUAAAUUUCCUUUCCCUUGAUGAAAACUUCACCUAAAUUUACCCCGAUAACUCGAAUUCCCCGCUAACUCGAACUGUUUUACGUUUCCCUUCAGAGUUCGAGUUACCAGGAUUCUACUGUUAACCAUUAGCAACUGUGGCUUGGAGAAUCUCUCAUUAUAAAUUUAGGAUGUUGCAAUAGGCCAUUUUCGCGAUGACGAUAUUUGCCUACAACUACCAGAAUUCAUUUCGUUUUUGCUUUGUUAUUUAAAUUUGUCAAUCCCGCUGAGGAUUAAAGAACAAUAGUCCUAAUUUGCACAAGAAAACAACAAACUGAAGGAUUCUGGUAGUUGUAGUGAAAUGACGUCAUCGUGCAAUUGUCCUAUUGUUGUUUUCUAACUUAUGCUUAUCGUGACGAACUUCCUUUAGAUUAAUGAGUUGUUUAAGAACAUAAAGCUGACGUUGAGUGGAAGCCCUGCUUGGCGCACAGAGGACGUGGUGCGAGUCUCUUGUUGUGGUCGGGAUACAAGUUUGAGUCUUCGAUACGUCAACGAGACAGCGGUAGCUAUCAUCUGGGUUGAAAUUCGAAAGUUACAACCAGUGGACUGGAACAGUAUCACAAGUAAGAAAUGGGAGCGCCGCGAAGAAAGAAAGAAAACUGUUUUUAGCUUUAUUGGCAAACUUGGCUCAACUAUUUUAACGUGAAUCGGGAACUUGUAAAUAGAUGAAUAGACGGUUUGCAGUUUUGUGUUUUAGACAACUUACAUCCCAAAAUGUUUUCCCUAAAGUGCAGUUUGAGCUUUUGUUUGUUAAUUCUCUAGACGCAGAAAGAAAACAAAAUAACCGAACAUAGCAUAAAAGUAAACAUGACAUCCUUUAGACAGAAAAAAUAACUUUAGAGUAUGCACCAGGGUAAAUUCAGGCAUAUUGCUUUGGUGUACUGUGAAUAAUUUUGAAACAAUCAUGGUUUUAUUUUUGCCUAGGUGGUCAAAGGAAGGCUACACUUGUGUCUGAUAUAGAUUUGUCGUGUCCCUGCAACUUAAAGGAGAACUCCUGCGAUACAGGUUGUUGUUGUGAUCAGGUAUGAGUGCUUCACACUGUCUUCUAGAAUAACAAAUAACUACAGGUAGAAACAAAAGGGAAAGGCAACCAUAGGAGCACUGCUAAAGGGUGACUGGGGGCGCUUAAUAGAGGUGGCAGUUCUAAUACCUUAAAUGCAGUGUUUUUAUGGGCGGAAAAUCAAGCUUGCCCAAUGGGAAAGGUCCAGGCAAGUCAUGAACAAAGACGAGCAAGAGGUGAUCCCAGGCAAGCCAAAUGUGAGAGCGGCUUGCCCAAAGGACAAGCUGGACUUUAAUUUAUUUUUGAGCCGUGCUAGGUGGUUCAUGUUCAGGUUCCACUGUACUUUCUUUAUUUCACCUGUCUUUUCUUUGUUUGCUAUGGCACCGUACCUGAUCAUUGUCCAGUUAAUAAAUUGUUUAUCAAUUCGAAAUGUCGCAUGCUUAUUGCUUUUUACGUCGUGGCCAGAGGGCUUUGUUAUAUAACUUCAAAUAGCAUUUUCUACUUAUUUAAGUGAUUGCUUGAAUGUGUAUUCUCUCUUAAGGAUUGUAGUGACUUUGAAAACGAGACGGCCAAUUGCAUCCCAGGAUUCUUUGGUGGUGCUACCUCAGAGAGACCUUUCGAAUUUAGUUGCCAAGCCUCCUGGCCUGACGCAAGGGACUGGCAACCAUUCCUCUGUGUUGCCAUUAACAACAGUCCAUUUACUGGCUAUUUUUACAAUCUCACCAGUCCUUCUCUAGCUCAGGACCCGGCAUCGUUUAACGCGCUUGCGAGGAAUAAGAAAAGGGAAAGUUUUACGUUUGUGGAGAGCGAAGAACGUCGAACCACAAUCUCGAGUGGGUUGUACACAGUGGGAACAAGUGUGAAAACAGCUGCUAACGCUGAAGAUGUAAACUAUGUUAGAGCCACAGUGGGCGUGUUGAGUCUACCGCAGACUGUAUUCAAUGGUUUGUGCUCCCAGGACGUACCCGUUAGAUUUCUGGAACAAGUUUCCUCUCGCUGUGUUCUUGAGUUGGAAGAGUCUCUUUGUAACUCCCAGUCGCCGUGGAGUGCUUUGAAUUAUUUGAUGCCCAUUCAACUCAAUCGCCGCACGUGCGUACUACCACCCUCUGUUCUGGCACAAGGACGGCUCAACGAAACGGGAGGGCCUCCUGAGCUUGCCACAACAGACGUACGAUAUUAUUGUACGGAUAUCGCGGCUUUUGUUUCCGCUGCAGCUCAGGAAGCCGAAAACUCGCUCACUAAUAACUCUUCUUCGUUAUUUGAGAGCAGCGCGCAGGAAAGAGCAGAUCCCACGAGGUGUGCUUUUGAUGAUGGAGAAACGCUACCACCAGCACCAGUCUUUAACAAAACAACGAGGUUAUGCGCAAAUGUAGUGGUCAAAGUUGAAUACGAGUUUGAAUGGCGUGACAGGAGGAUUGACGCGGUGAAAACAAGAGUCACGCUUGGAAAUGUUCAAAUUCCUGCAGUUAAAACAAAUACCGGUCUUGUCACUUCUACCGAUGUUAUCAACACCCUAAGCCAGAGCUUUUCUGUAAAUUUCACCCAUUCACCGCUCCUGAAUUCUUCAAACGUCCGCGAGGCUCCUUUUCAGCGGUCAGGGAAUCCAGGCUACCUGCUCGGUCGACCAGUGUUGAGUCGCCUGGAAAACAGUUCGGGACAAGUGAGUUGUAGAACGCUUUGUUGCCUUCGCUGGUUUAUACAUUCAAGGAAUAAUGGUGACAAUAUUGAGCUGUUUACGAAGAUGGCGGCGAUGACGUAACGAUGAUGAUGAUGAUGAUGGAAAUUACUGAUAGUAAUGAUCAUAUGAGUAACAUAAAGAGUCGCAUGGAAUAUAGUUCUACCCUUUAAUUUUGUUUGACCAUUGAAGUGAAGCUUCUUCCGCCGUACUUUACUGAGCACGAUACCCUGACUGUUUUAUUUCCCCUUAAAUUUGGACUUUUUUUAACUCUUGGAAUGAAAGGGUUAAAUUUUGUUGCUCUUUUUUGAGAGAGUUUCUUGUAAGAAUAGGGCAAAACUACUUUGCUAGCUUAAUGUCACAACGAUUGGGCAGAACCGCCCUCCUCUGAUUGGAUAGGAACGAAAGAAGGGAAAUGAGAGAUCAAUGUAGCCUGAAAAACAGCCGACAUUUCGGGGCCCCCUCCACUGGCUUCCCAAACGUCUGAAAAAUACCUCAGAAAUUCCAUGCUGAUGACGCGUCACUACCCAGAUAUGGGUAAUGUUUCUGAUAGGUUGAAAAUUUGUUUCAUCCAAUCAGAAAAACUACCGAGAUCUGGAUAGUGAGGCGUCAUCAGUAUGGAAUUUUUGCGGUCGUUUCUUAGACGUCUGGGAAACCAGUGGUGGCGAAGAUCAAUGUUGCGUAUCAAAUAACCAGUUACUGAUAUUGAUGAACUUUUUUUAUCUUGUUUAACUUGUUGCAGCACUCUAACGUCUUGUUUACCUUGUUAGGUUAUCGCUGGCAAACUCCAAGUUUGGUCCCCAGGCCAUGAUAGUCUAUGCGCGGGAUCCACGUUUACCCCUAUCCUUUAUGGCGAGGAUGCGUUUUCCGGUUGUUUAUUGCGGUUAUCCUUUGAGGACAUGCGCAACUGCUCCUAUUUAAGAGAAAUGGUUCUAAUUAACCAGAAUCGCCUGAUCCAAGCCACACAUGUUGGUCGCAGUGGUAAUGCAAACCUUAGCGUCCUCGCUGAUUGGCUGCCUGUAAUAAGGUAAGGUAUUUAAGAAUCCGUAACUUUUUUAAGUCUUUGAACCAACCGCAGUUAACCCUUUAAGGCUAGAUAGUGACCAAUAUCAAUUUUCUCCUAACAAUAUCUAUACAUUGUCAAGAAAUAAAGCUAUGAGAAUCAAUAAAAUGAUCAUCAAAGAGAAAAUGCUUUGAUCAUUUAUGAAAUUCUCUCAACACACUUAUUAUGGAAAAGUAUUGAGAUCAGUUUGGAGAAUUUGUAUGUGGAUAUUGGGGCUUAAAGGGUUAACAGACCAUUUCCGAGUUGCCCCAAGCCUCUGUUUCAAGGCGAGACUAAGUGCGAAGCUGUUGAUAUGGAAAUGAACUCAUUUUCUCAAGAUAGAUUUUGCACUCAGCCUCCCUUUAAAAGUGAGAGUUUUUGGAGCUCGGACAUGGCGAAUUGUCUAAACAUGCUGAAGAGAAGUCAAAAUUAUGUCACCGUCGUCCAGUCGUUACUCCAGAGAAUCUACACAAAUUUAUUUUGAGCUUCAGAAAGUAUCUUUGAGCCAAGUUUUGUUUCAUUUUGUGAUUGUGGCCUAAGCAAAUUCUCUGUGAGGCAACUAAGCGCCAAACAGUAUUGUCUAAAUGUUGUAUUGUUGAAGUCAGUUCCGAAAGCUUUUAAAUGUAGUUCGCUGGACUUGAAUUGGUAAAACUACAAUUAAGGCUCUUUUAUUGAAGAAAAUUUUGUUAAUGCGGUUUGAUACGUUUAUAAAUAAUGAUGAAAGUUAUUGAAAUCUUUUUAUUUUUUGUUUUCCUUUGUUGUAUUUAGAGAGCCAGUAAGCAAUAAUCCCGAAUCCUCCUCGGGAGAUGGAACUUGUCCCGGCAUUCCUAGCGGAGUAAUAAUUGAGAUGCUGGUGACGGAUGCUGGGAAAUACGGCGGCGUACCUCAGAUGGAAAUAGUGGGAACGAGAAUCAAGUAAGAAUUAGUGUGAUUAUACGUCGCCCGUUCAGUGUCUGUAAUACCAACAAAGAGAAGGGAAAAUAAAGAAAUUCUCUCACAAAGACUCACAGUUUACGUUUCAACACACCACGAGUAGUCUCAUUCUUCUUGACAGUUGAAAGGCGAACUCGAGAUUUCUAUUUCUUUCAAGCGAUCACAAGAGCUCUUCGAGAUGCCUCCAGAACGCUCCUCUUCGGUGGAAAGAAUUUUCAACUGAGUUACUUUUUUUGUACGCAUCCCGCGUUACCUUUCGGUCUCACCAAAUUGUUUCAGAAAAACAAAGGUUGCACGUAGUUAAACGAAACUGUAUUGUAGGAAUAGUACUUUUACCUGAACCAUGCAGUCUCUUUUAGUUCCACAAAUUUGCGUGAAGUGGUUUGUAACUGGGCCGCCGCACUUGCUCAUUUGCCCUUCUCGGAUGAUAUGUAUAAUAUAGCAGCGAAAUGUGCAAACGACGAGAAUGUUCGAAAAUACUUUUGAUAUUUUGUCUCAGUUGAGCACGUUCAUCGGCAGCUAAAUUUCCCGCGUUGUCGUCUUACUUUCACUUAUUGCACCUAAUUUUUCUUGUUAGAUUCCAGUUUAGCACGUGGCAGUUCAAAUGUGUCAGUGGUGUAAGUUGUUCAGCCCCCAGUGAUACUGAUACAGACUUAACUCAGUUGGUACCCAGUCCCUCAGCUACUCCAGCAACCGCAGCUUCAUCCACCGUCCUUGACACGUCACAAGCAACUAUGUCACCCGUGGCUUUGAGUUCAGUACUUAACUCUAACUUGGUACAUCCAUCCCUCUUAUCAGCAACUUCAUCAACCAGUGGCUCAACAAACAUCACAGAUAUCAACCCCAACUCUGUACUCCCUUCCCUCCGGCCAGCUACAUCAUCCAAUGAUAACGUAACAAACAUGAAAGUGAGUUCUGGAUCGAGCCCUACUGCCGCUCACUCAUCUCUCCCGUCACCAACGGCGUCUUCAUUAUCUAGCCAUCUCACUGUAAGUUCAUCCGUCAGUCCUCCCGCAAGUGGUACGGAGAACACUAGGAACUACCCGCCUCACUUCCAAUACUUUAUGGUGACAAGCUCAGUUGUUUUCAUUAAAGUGCCCGCCGUCAAAUCACAGAGAGUUAAAAGGUCAGUCUAUGCGCAUGCGUUGAAACGACAGUCAUGUUUCGUUUUUGUGUUCCAUUUUUCAUGGAUUUAG